GGGCCGGCCCAGCGCCGGCGAGGCUCCGGCCGCGGCAGCCGCCGGGCGGCGCGGGCUGCCCUGUCGCCGUGUGCCCGCCGAGCGAGGGGCCGCGCUGCCGGAGCGCUUUCCGCGCCGUUUGUCUCCCGUCUCUUCCCGUUCGCGGGAGCAGCUGCUGCUGCGCAACCCCUUCCCCGCCCGCCCGGUCGCUCCAGUGCCGUCGCCUCCUCCUCGCAGCCUCGCACGGCGCGGCCCGGUCAAUCUACAGAGCUGCAAAAUCCCAAGCUGAUAUAAUGAGCAACCAAGAGGCUGGUGUUCUACGUUGCUGGAGAUGUAGGAAAUACAUAGCAAAUGCUGUUUUUCUUGCAAAAUGUAAUGGGAAAGAAACAUCCAAAGCACAGUGGAAAAUUGGAAAACUGCACUGUCCAUUCUGUGAGGCCUGUUUAGGGGGCUUUAACUUUGUUUGCAACAAAGAAUGUUCCUGUGGACAAUUAGUAAAUAGACAUUUCUGCAAAACUUGGACUGAGCAUCAGCCUCCUUUAUCUGUUAAAUUGUCAAAAUCAUCAGAAAAACAUUUGCUUCUCAAAAUUCAGUCUGGUUUUAACAAGGAUACAUGCCAUGAAGUAGUAAAUGCAACUUUAGAAAUCAAAAAUCAUGGACUUUCCUACACGGCUGGAAGUAAUAAGAGUGCUGGAAGAUUAACAGAAGCACUUUGUCUAGAAGUCAGAACUCCCAGAUAUGAGAUAGAAAGUAAAAAACUUCCCUUAAAGGCAUCUUGCUAUCCUAUAAAAGAUUCAGCCACUGUAAAUCCUUUUCACAGAAGAUCAUUUAGCUUGGAUUUAUAUUCCAGAGGAAGAUUUGUUUUGUCACCUAUGUUAUAUGAAACUUGUAGCAUGGGAACACUUUACCGUGGUCAAAAUGAAAAUCUACCUGCUUACGUACAAGGGAACUUGCAAUUAGAGUCCAAUAGCAAAGAUGGUAGUUCUUGUCAGGGUCUGUAUAGUUCCACUGCUGACAUACUACAAAACGAAUUUCAGGUUACUUCCAUUACCAAAUUACUACACAAAGAAACAGAAAAUGAAUGUGAUUUUGAAGUUACUGGACAAUCUUCUGAGAGCAUCACUGCUGAUGGGUCACCGUUUGUGAUUAAUUUUUCCUCGCCUACAAGGGCUGUAGAAGACAAACAGUACAUCACACAUGGUGAUCUUGUGCAGCCUACGAGUAUAUCCUUCAACCAAAAGCUGAGUAAGAGAGAAACAAACAAAUCAAAAAGCCUGAGGAGAAAACUAAGAAGGCAAGAGCAAUGUCUACAGAAGCAACCUGCAAAUGAUCACCUGCAUACAGAUGAUGAGCAUGAACUCAGAGGAGAUAAAGAAAGCUAUCUCUGUGCUGUGUGUCUGGAUGUUUAUUUCAAUCCUUACAUGUGCUAUCCAUGCCACCAUAUCUUUUGUGAGCCUUGCUUAAGGAUGCUUGCCAAAGACAAUCCAACCAGCACUCCAUGUCCACUGUGUCGCACUACAAUUGCCAGAGUCUUUUUCCAAACAGAUCUGAAUAACUCUACCAGAUCUUUUUUCCCUAUGGAAUAUUUGAACCUAAAGGAAAAUUUUCAAAAAUCCAGUUCUGCUAAAUGGCCUCUACCAAGCUGCAAGAAAGCAUUCAGAGUUUUUGAAGCAGGUUUUCGAAGGCACUCAAAUACUGUAACAAGGAGGCAUUUCCCACAUGCUGCUCACAGGAUGGACUAUAUGGACUUCGAGGAUGACAGCCGCGGAUGGCGGUUUGAUAUGGACAUGGUCAUCAUCUACAUUUAUUCCGUCAACUGGAUAAUAGGAUUUAUUGUUUUCUGUUUCCUUUGUUAUUUCUUUUUCCCUCUUUAGGUAGAAAUAGCAGUUAGGGAACAUGACAGUCAUGUGAACCAAAAAAUUGUGAAUAGAUAAAUAUUGAAAAAGGUAAGAUGUCAUGCUGUGAAGCUGUUUGAUACUUCUGCUAUAUGUAACGAAGUACUUGAGUUUGGUUACAAUGUAAUGUGAAAUCCACAUCAUACUUCAUUCGGUGGGAGUUUUGCUGUUGGGAGAUUUUGAUGGGAAAAGAAUUUACCCCUAAUUUAUAAAAUUAUUGCUCUGCAGAAGUACUCCCAGUUUUUAGAGGAGGUCUGGGUACUACAAAAGAAUGUCAUCUACAGAGUCAUUUAAAGGUUUGACUUGGUGUUGACACACUUCACUCACUGGUGCUUCAAUUCCUCACCCAUAAAAGCAGUAAAGAUGCUUCCCAUUUUCAUUCAGACCCUUUGGGAGCAGGAGCAGUGCUGUACCAUGCAUUAUAUAGACAUUCAUCAGAGCUAUUCCAGUGGCAUGAUCCAAAUUCUGGAAAAUUUUGACAGCUGAUAGACCUGUCAGCAUUCCACUGUGGAUAUUUUGAGCCUAUUAACCAAAAAGAUAAUUAAACUGUAGUGUGCUGCCAAUUAAUCUUUUCAGCAAAUAGAAUCAACUAACAACCAUAGGUUCUGCAUAAUAAGAGGACCAUUUUUGUGCAGGUUCCCAGUGUAGCACUGUACCUUUUUUACCCAUUCAGAUGAGUGUGUUUGAUCCAGCAAGACAGCUAAUGGAGGGCAAGCAGCAAGCCUGCCAGCUAUGAUGCUGUGAGACACUGACCCAAAUAAAUACUGGAGACAGAAGCACGCUCCAGUGUGAGAAAAUGGUAUCAUUAUUAAAUUGCUGUAAUAAUUGAGGAUACUUUUAAAUGUGGGCUCUACAGGACUUUAUGUCUCAUGGGAGAGUACAUAAGAGGGCACAGUAUUUAUAUGCACCUUUCUUGUGAAAUUAUUCUAAAGCACUUUAUAGUUAUUCUAUAUAUAGAUUGAUGAGUUACUGUACCAAACUGCAGCCAGUUCAACAAUCAUUCCAGACUUACUGCUUUACAAAAUAUUUUCAAGUGAAAGAGCAUCUAUUAAAUUAUAGUAAAAUACUAGAAAUAAAUGUGGGAAUUGGGUGCUGAAUAAUGGCACAAGGUAGUUUUGGGCUUUUCAGGAAGGUACAAGGAAGUUUUUAUUUCUAGUGGCAUAACUCUUCAAAGUACACUGUACUUUCAUCUAGAAAAGCAUGUGAGUGUAGGUAUAUUGUCCCUCUAGUAUCAGAAUUUGUGUGGGAGACCUGUGGUUUUUCAGUAGGUGGUGUACUCCCCUGUUCUAGCAGAGAACAAGGAGAAAUGUGUUGUGGAAGGUGCCAUCUGCCAAAUGUGAUGGAAUGAAAUCAGAGUUUUAUUAAGCAUGAGUUUAUAUUCCUUUACUGGAGAAGCCCCAGCAUGGUCAGUAUCUUACAGACUAUGAAGGGAUCAGGACCAGAAACUUUCACCUAAUCUGAAAACCAGCAGUAAAUCAACUACUUAUAUUAAGUUUUCUUACAGGCUGCAUAAAAAAAUCUUUUCAUGAACAUAUGAGUAGAGUUAAAAAUUACAAGUAUAACUACAUUGAUUAGACUAAUUAAUCUUUGCAAAUUUUUUCUAUAUGCAAAUUUAAAGACAUGUAAGAACUGAAAUUAACCAUCACCACAUAGUCAUGGUUUUGACAAAACAACAUUUGUGUAAUGAUAAUAAUCUACUUACUUAGUCUCUGCCUAAAAGUGACUAGCUCUUUUAUUAGUGGCAUUAAGCAUAAUGUUUAAAAGCUUUAAGGCUGCAAUAAAACACUUGAUGGAAGUAUUUUAAAAGCUAGGAGGUGUAAGUCAUAGGCUCCUGUUUGGUUACAUGCAGAUGUGUGGGUGUGUAUGCUAAAAUAUUAUCCAUAACUUUAAACAGUUCUCUCAUAUAUACCAGGAGACUGGCAUUCUAACUACAAUUUUUGUUUGCCUCUCUAAACUUACGAAAUUACUGCUCAUAUGUCAGAAAAGGGAGGGACUAACUCAGCUCUUAAGACAAAAUUGCUUCUACCUUUUGAUCUCAAAAAACCUAAAAU